AUGUAUGAUAUGGUAGAAGCCAUAGAAGAGGCUGUACUCGGCUACUUCUGUAAGUUUUUACAGAAGAUCUUUGCUCACAAGCUUUCAGAAGAAGUUUUAGAUGAUCCCUUUGCGCUAAUGAUUCUCCUCUAUCAUGUCGAUAAUUUCACACCAGAUACUAGAAGAAAGCUUUUGAUGGUUGCCGGUGCAAAAAUCGGGGAAAUCUCGAAAGUCAGACCCUUCGUGUCGUGUCCAACCACAAUACUUGAAAGAGCAGUUAGGGUAGCAAUCAGAGAAGUAGGCAAAUCGCUCAGAGCCAUGGACGUUAUUCAAGCAAUUCUUGUAUGGGCUUCCGAAAACUCAAGUAGUCAGUUGCCCAUAUCACUAUUGAGAGAAAUCCCCACGGAAGAUUUAUCAGAUGAUGAGGUUGAUGUUCUACGGGAUAUUGCUUACGAAUACGAUUUAGAGCAUUUAGCGGAUGAAAUUAGUAAUUUGCAUUAUGCCAUAGAUUCACUACCAUUUUGUCAACGACUCGACUACGAAUCCGAAGAAUUUGCUAAAGAGGAGAAUGCAACACUGUAG